UUUUACAUUGUUUUCACGUUUGUCUCUUCAACGAUAUUUUGGCCAGUUUUUUUAUUAACUUUCGGAUAUAGUGUGACUUUUUAUUGGCUUAUUAUUAAAAGUUAAUUUCACAAACAGAUAAUAUCAGCUCACUCAAAUAGGUUGGUUUAUACCCAGUUAACAAAUUUAUGAAAAAAGUAAGAACAUUUAAAAAAAGAAAAAAAAAAAGAAAAAGUUUUCCAGGUUGUGGUAGGGGUUUGUUGGAAUGUUCUAAAAGCGAGAUAAUUUCCUUUUUUAGUGGAACGCUAUUUUAAGGUUAGCUAUAACUACAACGUUUCUGCAACGUUUUCAACUUAAUUUUUUUUAUUAAUUUAACAUUAUUGAUAACCAAUAAUGCAAAAGUGUCUACUUUCCUUAAUGUUAAUAGAACGGUAUUUAUUAUUUUUUUAGAAUUUAGAAAUUGGAAUUUUGAAACGACCAUUCAGACUUUAAAUUAAAUAUAGCCUAUCGUAGAAGAAAAGCAAAUUUAACGAAACUAUUAGUAAACCAUUCUUAACCCAUAACACCGACAUUCUCGUCACCGAUUUUCGCCCGUUCUCCCUCUCUCUGUUCCAUGUGAGGGGGGCGCUCCAACAAACACAAAUCACGUCUUCGAACAGGCGAACAGAUACACACUCAGUACUCACAUACACUCAAACACACACACACACACACACACACACACACACACACACACACACACACACACCCCUCGGGAGAGGCGCUCGCUUGUGCAGCACUAACGGAGCGCUAGCUCGUUAAGUUGGUUGGUGGCACAAAGAAGCGGAUGACUGCUCAUUUUUCAUCUCCUCAAAUUAUAAAGGAGAGAUGUCUGGGACGGGCUACCAAGGGAAGAAGAACAUCCCGCAUUUGACGAAUGAACGGCUGGUGAUUAAAGGUGGAAGAGUGGUUAAUGAUGAUCAGUCACAAUAUGCUGACGUUUAUGUUGAAGAUGGAAUUAUUAAACAGGUUGGGGAGAACCUGAUUGUGCCGGGAGGAGUGAAGGUGAUUGAGGCUAAUGGGUGUAUGGUGAUUCCUGGAGGUAUUGAUGUGAACACCUGUCUUCAUAAGCCUUACCUAGGCACUCCACCUGUGGAUGACUUCUACCAGGGCACCAAAGCUGCUCUGGCAGGAGGAACUACUAUGAUCAUUGACCAUGUGACUCCACAGCCUGGUGAGAGUCUAUUAGAGGCCUUUGAGAAGUGGCAGGAAGUGGCUGAUAAGAAGUCCUGCUGUGAUUAUUCACUUCAUUUGGAUAUCCCACAUUGGCAUGAAGGUGUGAAGGAGGAGCUGGAACAACUGGUACAGGAAAAAGGAAUCAACUCUUUCCAAGUGUACAUGGCUUACAAAGGGUUAUUUCAAAUGCCUGACUCUCAGUUGUAUGAAGCAUUCUCAUUCCUUAAGGAGCUGGGGGCAGUGGUUCUGGUUCAUGCAGAGAAUGGAGACCUGAUAGCACAGGAACAAAGCAAAAUCUUGGGAAUGGGUAUCACCGGUCCAGAGGGCCACCCACUGAGCCGUCCAGAGGAGCUGGAGGCAGAGGCUGUUUUCCGUGCCAUCACCCUUGGCAACCGAGUCAACUGCCCUGUCUACAUCACCAAAGUGAUGAGUAAAAGUGCAGCUGAUACUGUGGCCACUGCACGGAAGAAAGGCUCUGUUGUUUUUGGGGAGCCAAUCACAGCCAGCUUGGCAACAGAUGGAUCACACUAUUGGAGCAAAAACUGGGCAAAAGCAGCAGCCUAUGUGACCUCUCCACCCCUCAGCCCUGACCCGACGACACCUGACCACCUUCACUCUCUACUGUCCUGUGGGGAUCUGCAGGUCGUGGGUAGUGGACAUUGUGCUUAUAGCACCUCUCAAAAGGCCAUAGGGAAGGACAACUUUACUCUUAUACCAGAGGGAACCAAUGGAGUGGAGGAGAGAAUGGGUUUCGUUUGGGACAAAGCUGUGGCUAUGGGGAAGAUGGAUGAAAACCAGUUUGUUGCAGUUACAAGCACUAAUGCAGCCAAAAUCUUCAACCUGUACCCUCGUAAGGGUCGGAUAGCAGUGGGUUCAGAUGCUGACAUUGUUAUCUGGGACCCUGACAAGAUCAAGACCAUCACAGCCAAAGCACAGCAGUCGGCUCUGGAGUAUAAUAUUUUUGAGGGGAUGGAGUGUCACGGUGGUCCAGUGUAUGUGGUCAGUCAGGGUAGGAUUGUGUUUGAGGAAGGGAAGCUCCAGGUUCAGCAGGGGACUGGACGUUUCAUCUCCCGCAAACCCUUCCCUGACGUCGCCUACCAGCGCAUUAAGUACCGCAACAAGAUGAUGUGCAAGCAGGGAGUUUCUCGUGGGAUGUAUGAUGGUCCAGUAUAUGAUGUCCCAGCAACACCCAAAUACAUAACCCCAGCACCCUCCGCCAAGACCUCGCCCACUACACACCAGCCUCCACCAAUCAGAAACUUGCAUCAGUCUAACUUCAGCCUAUCAGGGGCUCAAAUCGACGACAACAUUCCUCGGCGCUCUGGCCACCGCAUUGUAGCACCCCCUGGUGGUCGUUCCAACAUCACCAGCCUUGGUUAAGCCUCUGCAGCUCCCAUGUGAUUUUGAGAGAGAGAGAGAGAGAGUGUUUGUGUGAGUGUGUGUGUGUGUGUGUGUGUGUGUGUGUGUGCGUGUGUAUUAUUAUAGUUCUAUCUGUUGACAAAUCAUCAGUAUUCUCCUCUCAUAGGGCCAUGCUAUUAACAGAUUUUUGUGAAACGCAUGCAUGUCAAAAUAUCACUGUACCUUACCUGUGCAGUAAAUGUCCCAUCCACAGUGAAUAUUACUGUGUGCAUUGUGCACACUAGUCUCACUACUAAAACAUACCUAUAUAAAUAUCUAUAGAUAGCUAGACAAUCACUAGAAAAUACUUUAUAUCUGUAACAAAUUUUAGAAAAUGUAGCAUUUAAACAAUGCUAAUAUAACUACUCAGAUUUUUGAGUUAUUAUACCCUUAUUCUGCUGAUGUGACCCAAGUGUUUGUGACAAUGUUGAAAACGUCCUACUUUGAAGCCCUGUGAAACCAGUCACUGGUCAUUCCAAAAACAAAAAAUGGUGCUCCUCAUGCUGGACAAUUUACAGAACUAAAGAUAACUUAUGUUAGUGAUGAUAAGGGACAAGUGCUAGAAUGCAGGUCUGAGAUCAGUUUUGGCAUAGAUGUACCACUAAUAAGUACAUUUUAAUGCUGAGUGACGACCUGCUCUCACAAGCACUCUCAUGUUCUCUGUGCAAUGAAAUGUUUUUAAUUCUGUGUUAUCAGUCUGUUUGUGGUUAAGAAUGGGGGUGGAUUGCAUGAUCUCACUUUUAGAUGUUGGUGUUAUUCACAUCUGACCUUUUGAUUCUUAUUCUCUCUUUAUACUUUAAGGAUAAUUUUAUCUAAUUAAAAUGUGCUUUACAAGAAAACUUUGUUAUAUCACUUUUUGUUUUAAUUCUGCAUUUAGUAAAAUGGCUUCAUUGCAUUUUAGCUCCUCCAUGCUCUUGACUGAGUAGAUUUUGCUUAUUACAAAAUAAGAUGUUGACUAGAGAUGGUUUUCAUAUUACCUCAGUAGCACAAAUGCAAAAUCAAAGAAUGCAAUUAUAUGCAAGCUGCAAGAUUUGUUUAUUUGUCUGCAACACCCUCAUAUGUGACACAAGAUGCAUUCAGAAAGAGCUGAAGAUUUUUAAUUUCAUCUGCCUGUUUUUUUCCUUCUAUUGUGAGAUUUUUACAGUAUUGCUCCACACUAGCCUAGUCACUGUGUACGAUAAAAGUCUUAAUACUAAACUUCCACUGGAUAAAUGGUAAUCGCUCUUGUUUUGGACCAAUACAAGGGCAAUUCCAAGCCUGCUGUGUUAUUUCCCAUACCCCAUUGUGAUUGCCUAUGGUAUAUAUAGUGUUUAUGAACAAUGCCAUUUUUGUUUUUGUAGGCUGAUAUCCACUAAUGCACUUAGCGACUGUUGACAAUGAUGUUCACUUUGCUAUGCUGAAAUAAAGUUCAUAAAUUGA